ACCUCGGGCCUGGAGGAUGCUCGUCACGAAUUUGUGAGAGCGCUGAUUUCAAAGAGGCCAGGCGAUAAAAACGACGUUUUGAGAUGGCGGAAACUGCUCCUGCUCAACCACCAGCUGCGGCUACUUCAGCGCUUAAAAGCCCCAAAAAGAAGCGCACCGCUCCAAAGGCCAAGAAGGUCGGCCCCAGCGUGUCCGAGCUCAUCCUCAAGGCUCUCGCCAGCAGCAAGGAGAGGAACGGCGUGUCUCUUCCUGCGCUCAAAAAGUCGCUCGCUGCCGGAGGAUACGACGUGGAGAAGAACAAUGCCCGCGUGAAGUUAGCCAUCAAGAAGCUUGUGGCCAAAGAUGCCGUGGCGCAAGUGAAGGGCAGCGGCGCGUCUGGCUCUUUCAAACUCAACAAGAAGGAAAAGGCUGCCGCAAAGGCGAAGCCCAAAUCGUCAACGGCAAAGCCCGCAGCUAAAAAGCCCGCUGCAGCCAAGAAGGUGAAGAAGCCCGCGGCAGCCAAGAAGACCGCGCCCAAGAAGUCUCCCAAGAAAGCAAAGAAGUCCGCGGCUGCCAAGAGCCCCAAAAAGGUGAAGUCGGCUGUUAAGCCCAAGAAGGCGGCAAAGAGCCCAGCCAAGCCCAAGGCUGCGAAGCCCAAGGUCGCUAAGCCCAAGACCGUCAAGGCAAAGGCCACCAAACCCAAGGUGGCCAAGCCCAAGAAGGCCGUGGCCAAGCCCAAGAAGACCGCGCUAAAGAAGUGAAUCCGAUCGGACGAUGCGCGAUUCCCUCCACCCCAACGGCUCUUUUCAGAGCCACCCA